ACUUUGCUGUAGCGGCGUGCGUUACCUCGAAUCGCAACCCGUACCCGGAAGUUUGUCUACGUAAUGCGUGUAAAAUAUAAAUUCCGUUCCGGAACAAUACAAUUUUUUUACAACUGGAGCGUGACCUCGUCAAAUAUUAUCUCACGAUGAAUUUUAAUGAUUUAACGGUGAAGCUACAUUUGCCAGGUGACUCAGAGAGAGAUUGUGGUGCAGUGGUUCUCAGUAAAAGACCAGCUGCAGACAGCAGCAACCGCGACACUCAGGUUUGCGACAAAUCCCUCUCGUGCGCGCCAGCAGUUUCGGCGCUGGAAAAGGCAACAACUACCCUCGAAGACGGUAAUAGUGGGUGCUUGGAAUUAAUGGCGGCAGAAAUACCUGAGAAAGAACCGAAAGAUGAGAACAUUAAUAAGAUCGAGCGCAGCAUGCCUGCGACUGGAAUUGGAUGGAGAACAACAAACAUUCUCUCUCAGUACCUUCGCCCUCCAAGACCUGGAUCAUGCGACUGGAGGGAUAUGGCCGAAGAAAUGGGAUUCAGUUAUCAACUUCAUAUCCAGAACUUUGCUCUUGAAUCCGAUCCAGUAGCCAAAGUUUUAUCUGCUUGGUGCACCAAACCCGGGAGUAAUGUUGGAAAGCUCCUUGAUAUCAUAGAGAAGAUUGAAAGACAUGAUGUCUUGCAUGAACUGCCUGCAUUUCUUGAAGAAGACUGUAAGCGAUGGAAACGAACUCAAGCUGAAGCCAGAGAUCCCAUUCAAGUACCAGAGGUCACUGGCAAUUUUGCGUCCUCUACAUCAGACGAUCUGAGAGGAAUCACACUCAAUGAUUCCCCAUCUGGUCCACCAGAGAUGUUUGAUGCUUACGUUUGUUUUGCUAUGGCUGAUCUGGAGUUUGUACAACAAUUGAGGAGCCAGUUGGAAUCCGAGCCUCAUAACUACAAACUCUGCAUCGAUCAAAGAGAUCUGCUACCAGGAGGCUCGCAUGCUCUUGUCACUGCAGAAAUAAUUAAAAACAGGUGCAAUAAAAUGCUGGUAAUUCUAUCGCCUGAGUUUCUCCAGAGCCCUAGCUGUGACUUUCAAACCAAGUUUGCUGUUUCCUUAGAACCCGGUGCAAGGAAGAGACGGAUCAUCCCAAUCCUGGUCAAACCAUGUGACCUUCCUCUCAUCAUCAGACACAUCACGUUGUGUGACUUUACCAAACAGGACCUUCGACCUUGGCUUUGGGAUCGUCUGCGUAAGGCCAUGUCCAUCCGCUGACCGGUCAAUCCCUGAGGAGUGACCGUCACGACACCAGGGGGGUGUUUCACAAAGAUUCUAAGUUAUACUUAUCUCUAAGUUGGACUUACCGGUAGCAAUUAUGGAAAGCCGUUA